AUGCGUGCACAUCAGCGCUUGCAGAUUCCGUCGAGCACGAUUUCAACGGCAAUUGCAAAAAAACGCGCCGCGGGUCCUCAUUUAUUGACCGUCACAUCAAAUGAACGUGAUGUCAUCAACGAGUUCCACCUCCAUCCUGUUAUCAUAUGGUGUUUUCCCGAUCGGGUUCGAUUUUCGACGACAAAAGCCAUUACCACGUCAACUACUCCAUGA